AGCCGAAGGAUGUCCUGCUCCGACCUGUGCGCCUCUCCCUGCGGGGUGGCCGGCCCGGCCCCGCUCGCCAACUCCUGCAACGAGCCCUGCGUGCGGCAGUGCCCCGACUCCACGGUGGUGAUCCAGCCCCCGGCCGUGGCGGUCACCAUCCCCGGGCCCAUCUUAAGCUCCUUCCCGCAGCACAGCAUCGUCGGCUCGGCGGGAGUCCCCGGCAUUGCAGGGGGCUACGGCGGCACCUUUGGAGGCCGUGGGGGCUACGGAGGCCUUGGGGGUUUUGGAGGCCUUGGGGGUCUCAGAGGCUUUGGGGGCUACGGCAGCCUUGGGGGCUACGGGAGCUGCGGUUCCGGGGGCCUUGGCCACCGCUACCUCAACGGCAACUGCGGGCCCUGCUAAGCCCCACGCUUGGCGCGGCCACGCACCAAGGACGGCUCCCGACAUCCACCGGCACCUCCUGAGCCCUGGCACCCAGCCUGGGCUCCCUUCCUGCCCCGCUCGGCCCCCCAGCUCCGCACAGGAGCGUGCCGGACCGCCUCACGCCUGGACGGAGCCCGACGGGGGUGUCCUCCUGCCCCGCUGGAGCUUUGCUCCCAGCUGCGCUGCCCCACGACGGCGUAGCUGAGCGCCGGGUGCCUCCUCCCGGGGCACGGUUGGUGCUUGGUUGCACCCCGCACCUCUGCACGGAGACCGUGGCCUCGCCGUGAGCACGCGCCCUGCUCUUCCCCGUGUGCCUCCU